AUGGAAACGUUCAUUUCUGCAAUCCUUGGUGAUCUUUUCAGCAGAUCAGUAUCUUUUGUCCUCAACAAUUACCAUCUACGGCGGCAGAAGGGCGUCAAGGACAACCUGCAAGAGCUGCGCUGCGUGUUGCUGCGCAUCCAGGCCACCGCGGAGGAGGCUGAGGGGCGGCACAUCACCAACCAGGCCAUGCUCCAUCAGCUCCAGAUGCUGAGAGAAGCCAUGAACAAAGGCUGCUACCUGCUUGAUAAUUUCACAUACCGGAUGCUGCAGCAGGAGAGUUCCAAUGUUCAGGUUAGCGACCACCCCUUUCCCCUGUCCAAAUUCAAUCCAGCAAAGGGCCUGCGCUUCUCUACCAGGAGGAUGAUCGUUGCAUUUCAAGGUGAUGGGGCGAAGGAGGUUCAGAAGAUGCUAGGAAGCUUGCAUAGCAUAAUCAGCGAUAUGGCAGAGUUCAUCAUCUUCUUGAAAUCAUAUCCUCCCAUAAGCCGCGAGCCUUAUAGCAAGCACUUGUUUCUGGAGAACUGCAUGUUUGGCCGCCAGACAGAGCUGGAGAAGAUCAUCAGUUUCUUGUUGCAGCCAGAGCCUCCAGGCACAGAAAGAUUGCAAGUGUUACCCAUAACUGGUCCACCGAGAGUUGGUAAAAGCACCCUUGUUGAACAUGUAUGUUAUGAUGAGAGGGUGCGCAAUCACUUUUCCACAAUUAUUCUAUGUAGAGAUCCUACUGCUCCAGAAGGCAGUGGUGUGGUCAAGAAGCAAAGUCAUAGUUUACAUGGAAGAUCACUAAUUGUCAUGGAGCUUGCUGAUGAUUUGGUUGUAGAUGAAAGGCAAUGCAGAAACUUCUACUCUUCAAGAAACCACAUGUCACCUGGAAGUAAAGUUAUUGUGACAAGCAGAUCAGAGAAUAUAAUGAAACUUGGUACUACAGCAGCUCUUAAGUUGGAUUUUUUAUCUCAGGAAGCUUACUGGUACUUCUUCAAAGUGAUGGCUUUUGGAAGCACAAAUCCUGAUGACCACCCAGCGCUAGCAUCAAUAGCUAUGGAAAUUGCAGCAGGGCUUCAAGGAGGUUUCUUGGGUGCACAUGCCAUCUGCGGCUUUCUAAGAGCUAAUAUCCACAAUUGGUUUUGGAACAUGAUCCUUGAAUGUCAGAGAAACAAUAUAGAGAGGAAUAUCCUCAUCUUUGGUGAACAUCCACAGUCUCUUCUUUGGAAGAGCCAGAUUGCAUAUGUUUGGACUCUGUCCAACAUUUCCGUGAGGGUCAAAGUUCUUCAUUUUCAAACACGUUCCCCUCUGAAUGAUGUCCGAAAAUAA